UUUUACGUGAACUAAAUUUGAUGUCAACCGGAACAUGUCAUCUCGGCGAAUGAAGAAUGUGACAUCGGCCUUCCGAGUAGUUUCAGAGUGUUUUUUCUUCCGCUUCCAAACUAUUUGGAACGUUCAGUGAGUGCCUUGUACUUUGAAAAGAUGGUCUGGAUACUCGUGAUGCUGACUUCGUGUGUAAUCUAUUAUAAACCGUCGCCACUUUCCCCAGAAUACAGUUCUGACGGAACUAAACAAAUAACAUUACUAAUCGAUCACAUGGUGUCUAUGUCAUUACUUACAUUUGUUGCUCAAUAGUCUUUUAAUGAAGUAUAGGUAACAAUUUUGGUUUAGUAGUUACUGAUUUAUCUGCCAGGGAAUACAUGACAAAUGCUCCUUCAGAAAGUGAGGAGUUGCGUACAAGUGACGGGAUAUCGUCAUUGACUUUUUACCUAUCUAGUGUCACAGUCACAUGCCAGUUAUUUACCCCUUGUUGUGUGGAAGGAAGGUCCUAUCAUCAUAAUCAAGAGCUUCAACCAUUUGUAACAUCCAGUUGUAGGCUACAGUUUUGGAGAAUUUAUACUCAUAGUCUUCAUAGGUUCUCUGGUGUUUACAAUGACUAAAUUAAGACCAUCUGAGAAAGCCAUAGAGCUUGUUACCAAGGCAACAGAAGAAGACAAAAAUAAAAAUUAUGAAGAAGCGCUGAAGUUAUAUGAACAUGGUGUAGAGUAUUUUCUACAUGCCAUUAAAUAUGAAGCCCAAAGUGAGAAAGCAAAAGAGAGUAUCCGUGCCAAGUGUAUGCAGUAUUUGGAUAGGGCAGAGAAACUGAAAACUCAUAUGAGCAAGAAGUCCAAACAAAAACCUGUGGCUGAAGGUGGCAGUAGCAAGAAAUCUGACAAGGGUGGAGGCAAUGAAAGCGAUGAUUCAGAUGAAGACCCAGAAAAGAAGAAGUUUGCCAAUCAAAUAUCAGGAGCCAUAGUGAUGGAGAAACCAAAUGUCCAGUGGGAUGAUGUUGCAGGCUUGGAGGGAGCCAAAGAAGCCUUGAAAGAGGCAGUUAUUUUACCUGUCAAAUUUCCACAUUUAUUCACAGGGAAGCGGAAGCCUUGGAGAGGUAUCUUAUUAUUUGGUCCACCUGGCACAGGUAAAUCCUACCUGGCUAAGGCUGUGGCCACAGAAGCUAACAACUCCACAUUCUUCUCUGUGUCCUCAUCAGAUUUGGUCUCCAAGUGGCUGGGAGAGAGUGAAAAAUUGGUUAAAACUUUAUUUUCCCUUGCCCGGGAACACAAACCUAGUAUCAUAUUUAUAGAUGAAGUGGAUGCGUUAUGUGGAUCAAGGAGUGAGAAUGAGUCUGAGUCUGCAAGGAGAAUAAAGACAGAGUUCCUGGUACAAAUGCAGGGUGUGGGCGUGGACAAUGAUAAUGUGCUGGUGCUGGGAGCCACGAACAUCCCCUGGUCACUGGAUGCCGCUAUACGCAGAAGAUUUGAAAAGCGUAUAUACAUCCCCCUGCCUGAGGCCCCAGCUAGGACGAAUUUGUUCAAACUGUCAUUUGGUAACACACCUCACAGUAUAUCGGAGCAGGAAUUUGUGGAACUAGGCAAAAGGACAGAAGGAUAUUCGGGUGCUGACAUCAGUAUAGUGGUCCGCGAUGCUCUCAUGCAGCCAGUCAGAAAAGUACAGACUGCCACACAUUUUAGAAAGGUCAGAGGUCCUUCAAGGAAUGAUCCCAAUGUUGUAGAGGAUGACUUACUGACACCAUGUUCCCCAGGAGCUCCUGGGGCAAUCCCCAUGUCCUGGCUGGAGGUGCCAGGGGAAAAACUUCUGGAGCCUGUCGUCAGUAUGGCUGACAUUUUGAGCUCUCUAAGCGUGUCCAAACCGACAGUGAACGAAGAUGAUUUAGUGAAGCUGCAGAAGUUUACAGACGAUUUUGGACAGGAAGGUUAACGCUCUCUCUCCUGUGCAUCUAGUCUUAAGUUCUUGGUUGAUAUAAAUCUUCUCUGACCUCUGUCAGGAACCAGUGGCAUUACAGUUGUGUGUAAGGUAGCUACAGUGAUAUCAGGACUCGGUAUGACACACCUCUUGACCCUCUGACACAUCAGGACAUUGUGUGACGUAUCUCUUGACACUGUGACAUGUUGAGAUUGUCUGGUACAUUUGACACUGUGUGACAUUUCUCUUGUAACAUGUUGAGACUCUGUUUGACAUACUAGGAUUCCAUGUGACACAUCAAAACACUGAUUAUGUUGGGAUACAUGUAGGCGACGCCAUGUGUUUUCUGGAAGUUGUGUGCAGUGACUGAAUAGCUGGGAAACAUUUUUGCUAUUUCGGCAUUUGGCUGAUGAUAACUCUGCUUAGAUCCGCUAAAACCAUCUUUGUGUGGCUUCAGGAUUGAAAAAUGGUAGCAUUCAAAACUGCAGAUAAGGUUUUAAACACAAUUCAUCAAACUACCAGAUUAUUACAUUUUUUAUAACAGUGUUAUCCUUCCUCUUGUAAAAAGAAAAAAGAAAAAAGAAAAAGAGGAAUGACGUAGUGGGAGUAUGCAUUCUGAUGGAAGACAUAUGAUCAGUGUACACUGUAACCUAGAAUGUACUGACCUGUUCUUCGUGUCGCUUUGUUCUGUGUUGUCUUUCACUCCCCAAGAUUAACUGGGUAGUAUUGCCCCUGGUUUCUGACAGCCAUUAUAUAUUAGAAUACAGCUGAAAUAUAUAUGAGGUCUCUUCAUCAGUGUUAUUUCCUGUAUAAAGCUUGUGACAAAAACAAAAUAUUAAACUGAUGGUCUCUGUUUCUGAAGUUUUUUUUAUAGGUAACAAUUCUUCUGCUGCUUUGGCAUGUACAUGUAUAUAUAUAUAUGAUAGUCAUGCUGUCCCUGGUCUAUGAGUGCAUAUCUAUAAACUACUGUAUAAAGUCAGCAGUGAAGACAGCACAUAACAGCUACUGUCACAGCAUUAGUAAGAAUGCAUUGGAAGAUUUUGACGUAGGCAGUGAUAUGGCCUACAAAUUCACUAGCUUCCAUAGCCAAUGAAUAAGAUAUACAGAACAUGGUGAUAUUGUGACUAGCUCAUUUAGAAGGUGUGCAGGUACAACACUGGGUGAAGAUGUCUGGGACUACCUACGUGAAAGGACUUGAACUGGCGAUAUUAAGAAGAGUGUAGCCAUGUUUAAGUGAUCGUGUUUAAUGGCCAUUUAACAUGUCACAGACUCUGAACAUAUUUGUAUGUUUGCCUGGAAAUAUUUCUCAGAUGUGACACAAAGUUAAGAAAAUGUUGUACAGUAAAAAGAAGAAACCAAGUCAUUGAGUCCAUCAAUAUGUAAUACAAGACUUGAAUGCCUGCUUUACCUACAUGUAUUUUAAAUAGCUGUGUAAAUACUGUAGAUGAAAAUUAAUUAUUCUCCUUCCCAGGUGUGACUACAGGUUAUAUGUCAUGACAACUGCAGGGAAGACAACCUGAUAUGGUCAUGUGUAGUCAAAAUAGUGGGAUAUAUUCUGAAAUUGGAAUGCCAACUGAUGAUGCCAGAUUGGCAUUCAUUGUAAUUGUAAUGAGCUUUCAUCCGUGGUAUAUCUGUAAUAAAAAAACGUUUACAGUGCUCUAUACAAAAAGUAUCAAUCUCUGUUACUUACAUCAAUUCUCAACGAAGCCAUAUAACAAAGACGCCGGGUUUCCUCCCACCAUAAUGCUAGCCGUCGUGGUAUAAGUAAAAUAUUCCUUAGUAGAGGGUAAAACACCAAUCAGAUAAUACAUAUAACAAAGAACAUGUUUUCACCAUUGUCCAGUAAAUAUUAUUUUGAACCUGGAAAAGAAUAUGGAUUUAAAUAUGUCGGGGGGGGGGGGGGGAAUAGUUUAUUAUGUGUUCAUAUGUAUCACAUUCACGUCUCCUAAAUCCAGAUUUUUUCUUCAUACAGUACACGUUUUUUUCCCGAACCACGUACAUCUCCUGCCGAAGAUUUAUGUUACAAAGCAAAAUAUGAGUACUUGUAUAAUGACAUAAGUAAACUUGAUUUUUUAUGGGUCAUGUUUGUAGACAGAUUGUUCAUAAAUGUCCAUCGUUUUGUACAGUGUACAUAGUGCUACAUGUAGGUCAAGAGUAAUUCAUUCCCUUCCGUGUAAAAAUAAAAAAAAAAACAAACAUUGGGUGUAUAGACAAACAAGUCAUAUUUCAAUCUGAAGAUUUGUUGGCAUAAGAAAUGUUGCUGAUAAAUAAAAGCUGAAAAACGUUUAUUU